AUGAUUAUACCCCGGAUAAGGAGAAGUAUCCUUGGCUUAGUCACGGUGGGAAUUUGUACUCUCAGUGUCAAUGCUGAGUCAACACAACACCCAACUGUCGACCUAACCAUGGUAGCUCCUUGGCUGGCACCUAACUUUGUUAAUGAAAUCGCCGAAACGAUAGCAAAUCAUAACGAGACGUUAUUUCAACAUUUAAUCGAGGAAUUUGUUGCUCUAGAACAAAAGGCUUCACUAAAAAAUGCGACACCAUAUCAAAUUUAUAGAGACACGACAGCUAUGUUAACCACCUCGCGCAUGAGCCAAGAAGAACUCGGCCUAUUCAACCUUGCCCUGGCUCUUCAUGAAGCAGCACCGCGUAUCCAAGCAUUUCAUCAAUAUUACCGAGAAGGUAUUACUCGUUCAUUAUCUAACUAUGACGAUGGCUGUGACACUUGGAUUCAAUAUUUGGAAGAUCAACAGUUCUGUGAAUGGGAUGAAUUUUAUAACGCAUUUAAAAAAAGUCAGUUAAUAUCUGCUGAAAAUAGCGCACCUGCGGCAGGUUUAGAAAUUCUACCAUUUGAUCAUAUCGUGAAGGCCAGCGGACAAUACGCGAAUCCAAGAGCACAAACUCCCGUUUCCAUCGCGCUCUAUACAGACCGUUUCUCAGAUAAAUUCAACUUAUUUUAUCGACAACUGAAGCAACUUGCUGAUGAUAAUGAUAUAUCCUUUGUCCUAAGGUACAGACCUAUGACCGAUGAAAACAUUUCAACCAAUGCCAUUGCGCCUUUAUAUCUUUCUGGUUAUGGUGUGGAAAUGGCACUGAAAAAGACAGAUUAUUUGGUGAUCGAUGACCGAGAAUCACAAAGUAGGACAAGCAUGAAAGACAAAAUGGCACAUGUAGGCAAAAAAAUUGCCAAGUCAGCAAGUUCAUUAUUUGAAUCGGGUCAAUUGGAGACCAUUGAACCUGUUACGCCUGUUGAAAUUCAUAGACUCAGUUUCAAAGCAGCUCAAUACGUAGCUCGCUCCAAUAAGCCCUUGGAAAUCUUAACAGAAUUGUUAAACGAUUUCCCCAAGUAUGCCAAGAGCCUGAGUGAGAUAGAUUUAGAUGAAUCUUUUGCAGAGGAAAUUAUCGAUAACCAAUUACAUUUCCUUCGUGCUGGUAUGAAUGCCAUUUGGCUUAAUGGCAAAGGUUUAGAGUUUAAUCAAGUCGAUCCUUUUUACCUCCUUCGCGCUAUCCGUUCAGAAUUGAAAUUGAUCAACUCUUUCAAAAAGUUUGGUUUUACACCCAAGGAAGCCAUAGAGAUCAUUUCAAAUCCUGAAUUAACUGCUGCUCACAACCCGGGAGAGAAAAAAGAGGAAGUGUACGAUAUACGUGACACUUCUGAAAGUCACUUUAUUACUUGGUGGAAUGAUUUGGAGAAGGAUAAAAAGUAUAAAGAUUGGACAAAUAGUAUGGACCAGUAUAUACGUCCUAAUUACGCUGGUCAAAUUUUUCCUAUCAGAAAGAAUAUUUUCCAUUUGGUCCAUGUAGAAGAUCUAUCUAAUGUUGAAUCUCUUUUCCGUAUUGUAAAUGAAGUUAAUCCUAUGAUCAAACGACUGGUCCCAAUGCGAUUUGGCUUUGUUCCAGUCGUGAAGGGUAAACAGGAUAUAUCUACUGUUAUGGCUACAUUAUCCGAGUAUUUCAUUCAAGAAUAUGGAAAGGCUGUUAGCAUGAAGUUUUUGACUAACGUGCUUGAUUCUACUCGAGCCGAAGCUAAAAGACAUCCUACUAUUGAUAUAGUAAAGGAAUCUUUUGAAAAGACAGCCUUCGAAGCCGGAAAACCUAAAACUGGAAAGAGCCUUUCUUUUGAAGACGCAUGUAAUACACAAGAUACAUAUAUUCAAACUGUGCGCGAAUUUUUGAGACGUAUGGGUAUUACCGAACUUAAAGCAGAAGAUGGUUUAAUGUUUUUAAACGGUAGACUUGUUGAAUUCACUCAAGGCGUGAAAUGGGUCCAAAUUUUGAUGCCCGUUCUGGGCGACCUUCAAAGAUCACUUCAGAAAAUGGUCUUCAUGCGUGAAUUCGAUAACAAAGACUUUAACUAUUAUGAUCAUAUCAUGGAGCAACUCGGUGUUCUUCGCAACCGCAAUUCUUACAUCAAGCCUACAAACGCUCACCCACUCCGCUUCGAAAAAUUGGAUAACACUAGGGCUUCAGACAAGCUUGUAUAUUUCCAAAAAGAUGAAAAGACUGCACCAGUUGUAAACCUUUGGGUAUCUGCUAAUCUUGACACAGUUUCGGGUCUUAAAAUGGCAUCAGAAGCCCUCAAAUUUGCUUCAUCGCAUUCUAAUGUUAGAGUAGCUCUCAUUCAUAAUUUGAAUGAGACUCUCGAUAAUAAUGCGGAAAUGUCUAUCCAGCCAAUUAAGGAUAACAUUGAACCAUCAUUUUCAGAUUUGCUCGCCCACCUAAUUUUCGAAGAAAAAAAGAUGGGACUUCAGCAAUUACAGGAGCUUAUUGAGAGCGCUGCUGUGCAAAGUAGCCAAGUUGAGGCAGAUAGCAAUCAAACGCCGCUUAAGGCUACGGUUCCCGGUUCACCCAUAGUAGACAUGGUUGCUAAAGAGCAUGGUCAAAAAUGGACCGAACUGGUUGAUGCAUUGGCAGAAGAUGGACUUUCCAAGCCCUUCUGUGGUAUCGUUUUUAACAACAGAGUAAUUGGACCUUUCCAACCUCACGAAGAAUUCAGCUAUACCGAUUACGAGUCUCUCUUUGAGCUCGAAUAUAACACUCGCGUAGAGCCUAUCAUGAAAGCAAUUCGUGAAACUGGACAUUCUUCAGUGACUGGACAUUCUUUGGCUGAUGUUCUGUCUGAUCUUGCCUAUCUCAUUGAAACUGAUAAGGCGGAUGCUCCUGACCAUCUCAUGAUGACAGAGGAACCUUUGAACCGUCAACGUGUUUACAAUCUUAUUCCCGGAAAGAAGUAUACUCGUUUAGUUGUGGGUGAUCCCAAAGCUUCCUUUUUGGAAAUCGGCCUCAUCAUUGAUCCCCUCUGUGAAACAGCUCAAAAGUGGGUCCCUAUCAUCAACACCUUAUCCAAAAUGGAAGGUGUAUCUGUCAUUAUGCAUUUGAACCCUGUAAAUGGGUUGAAUGAAUUACCGCUGAAGCGCUUCUACCGUUAUGUAUUUGAUGCUGAACCUCAUUUUGAUCCUACAACGGGUGUGCAAGAAAUUCCAACUGCUUACUUUGAAGAAUUGCCUACGGAGGCUCUCUAUACAUUGGGUGUAGAGACAACGAACGCUUGGCAUGUGACUGUACGUGAAGCCAACAUGGAUCUGGAUAAUAUUGUCCUAAAGUCGUUAAGCACUGAUGAGCAUGGCGUGUCUGCUUUAUAUGAACUUGAAAAUAUUCUUCUUGAGGGCCAUUGUCUGGAUAUCAACAACAAGGCUCCUCCUCGGGGCCUUGAAUUCGAGAUUACCUCACCCUCCAACGGCUUACAAAAGGAUACGCUUGUCAUGGCUAAUUUAGGUUACUUUCAGCUGAAAGCGUUGCCGGGAGUGUGGGAUUUACACUUACGUGAGGGACGUUCUACAGAGGUUUAUUCCAUCACAGAUAUUUCCUCGGAGGGUAAAUGGAAUUGGGAUGCGAAUGACAAGAACGAAACGGUGAACAAUAAGAUGGCCAUCUACUCUUUUGAAGGCUUGACUGUUUUACCUCUUGUCCAUAAGAAUCCUGGUAUGGAGCAUGAGGAUGUGCUAAACACAGGCGCAGCUCAAAAGAUGGAAGACAAAGAAAAAAGCGGCCUAUGGUCUUCCAUAUCCAACAAAUUCUUUGGUCAGAAGGAAAAGCAUACGAGUGACAAAGGCACUGGGCUCGUUGCCAAACGAAAGCAGGCGGAUAUCAAUAUUUUUUCUGUUGCUUCUGGAAAGUUAUAUGAACGCUUUCUUUCUAUUAUGAUUGCAUCCGUUAUGAAGCACACGGAGAGUACUGUCAAAUUCUGGUUUAUUGAGAACUUUUUGUCACCAGAAUUCAAGGAUUUCGUACCUCAUAUGGCGGAAGAGUAUAACUUUGAUUAUGAAAUGAUCACCUAUAAGUGGCCUGCUUGGCUUAGAACACAGCGAGAAAAGCAGCGUACCAUUUGGGGCUACAAGAUCUUAUUCUUAGAUGUUCUUUUCCCCUUAAACUUGGAUAAGGUCAUCUUUGUUGAUGCAGAUCAGAUUGUUAGAACUGACCUUCAGGAAUUGGUCGAUAUGGAUUUACAAGGAGCGCCUUAUGGCUAUACACCUUUCUGUUCUGACCGUACAGAAAUGGACGGUUUCAGGUUUUGGAAGGAAGGGUAUUGGGCUCAGCACCUGAGAGGAAAACCUUAUCAUAUCAGUGCAUUGUAUGUAGUCGACCUUCAUCGUUUCCGUCAAAUGGCAGCAGGUGACGUUCUUCGCGCACAUUAUCAACAACUGAGUGCAGAUCCAAACUCUCUUGCCAAUCUGGAUCAGGAUUUGCCCAACAAUAUGCAGCAUCUUGUUCCCAUAUUCUCCUUGCCUCAGGAAUGGCUUUGGUGUGAAACUUGGUGUAGUGAUGAAAGCUUGAAAACAGCAAAGACCAUUGAUUUGUGUAAUAAUCCUUUGACAAAGGAACCAAAGCUUGAUCGGGCUCGUCGACAGGUUCCCGAAUGGGAAUCUUAUGAUAAAGAAAUUGAUGCACUCCGUAAACGAAUAACACCAUGCACACCUAUCAUUGCCAAUGAAUUUGGUGAUCAAACAAUUAUUCAUGCCAGAGAGGAACACGAUGAUAAACACAUCAAGGACGAAUUGUAA